AUGUCGUUUGGAGAGAGUGCGGCUGUCUUCAAGGCGAGAGCCAAGGACAUCGGAGUUUCUGAUGAGAGCUUCGCGAAGCUUGAGGCGGAGGGACUGACAACGAUGGCAACUUUCGCCUUCUGUUGUCAUUUCAACCCGUCGGCGACAGACGAGAAACCUCUCACCGACCUGGUAACCAAGGUUCUCGGUGCUGCGCCUUCCCUUAAAGAGAUGAGUUGCUUUCGGCGUCUGUUCGCCGAGGCAUACGCAACUGUUGCAUCCGACAUCCGAUCGCAGGUGGAAGCAACAGAAGACUCAUCGAUCAAGAAACUAGCUCCAGCAGACAGGGCCGAACGUUUGCGGGAGCAGCAGUCCAGACUUAAAGGUCUCGACUUGAGGGGCAAUAUGGAGCCAGGCGACUCCUUGAUUGAUCGGGCUGUGGCAAUCUACGAAUCUGACAGACUCCAGUAUGUGGAGUGGCAGCAUUCUGUUAGCAGACAGCAUGAGCUUCUUACAGGGCUCAAGAAGGAUGCUUCGCUUACCUUGGACUCUGCAGGCGGCCUAAAGAUUGCCAGCAAGCCCAACGUGACUCCUUGUGAUGUGUCCACUGACAUGAUGGUUCGCUACGCCUUAGUGCGAAGGGGCCUAGCCUUUGAACAGGCGAACAUCUUGGCGUACCAUUUGCACGAUGAGUUGCUUGAAAAGUACAUGUCUUUCAGGCUUAUGGACCCUCCUCCGAAUCAUGCGCGAGUGAGCUUGAAACAGAUUGAGCAAGCUGAUCGUCAAUUCACCAUGUUGCUCGCGGAACACACCCGCGGCGGCAUCAAGGUGAAGGCAGGAGGAUCACGGCCAUGUGACGGCGCUUUCCGCAAAGUGUUUGAGAGCACUGAGUUUCUUUCAAUGCUGACUCCGAGGCCUCUUGCAGUAGGCUCAGGAGCAAGCCGCGAUGGUUCCUCAGGCGAUGAGCCCCCGAUCAAGCGCCAUAAGGGCAAUGGCAAGGGCCAGGGCCGCGGGCGCGGGGGCAAGGGCGCCGGCAAGGGCUCAACCAAUGCCAGAGUCCCGGCAGAGCUCCUCGCACUUGGGUGCGUGGCCGCUACGCCUAAGGGGCAUGCCUUAUGCUUCGACUAUUCGCUAGGGAAAUGCUCCCGAGCAGUGGCCAACCAAAGGUGCGACAGAGGACUGCACCUGUGCGCAGUCAAAGGAUGCCAUAGAGGGCACCCAGCCAAGGAUUGCCCUGCGAAGAAGGCGGCUAAAUUAGAUGAUGCAUUUGCGUUUUGCGAGUCUUUGGCAAGUCACUUUUUACAAUCUUCCGACUUCAGUGCAAACAACAUAGCGGCCAUUUUGGACGCUUUUCCUUCCGAGGACCAUACUCGGACCUGGCUGGAAUCCGAUGGCGACUCUAAGGCCAUAACUGUCGGUGCAUGCAACCGAGGAGGAGUCACCGCUGUUCGCAGCAACACGCGGCGCAUGCCAGCAGUGGCACAGUAUCUUGCCGAGUGUAUCAGACUCGUCGCACCCCAAUGCGAGUUCACAUCUGUGUCUGUGCAUCGGAACUUGCAAGCUCCGAUGCAUCAAGAUUCCUUCAAUAGCAGCGUGCCUAAUGUUGUUGUGCCAUUGUCCUCCUUCUCAGGUGGACACAUCUUCGUCGUGCAUCCUGAGGGUCCAGAUCAAACCUUCUACGAAGAUGCAUCAUGGACAGGCUUCAAACUUGAUUGCGCUACUCAUGCUUGGGCUUUUGAUGCUAAGCAUUGCAAACACUUCACCUUGCCGUGGCAGGGCUCCAGAUCUCUUCUGGUUGCGUUUACCGUGGGUCAUCUCUCCGGUUUAGCUCCCGAUGAUAGGGAAUUCUUGACCUCCCUAGGGUUUAAGAUCCCCGGCCGUGAUGUCCAGCAGGGCCCCACCAUGAAGCCGUACCCUUUGCAAGGCUACGAUUUGCGGUGUCCUCAAGUAUCCACUGAUUCGGCGCCGUUGACUCAACCGAGUCCGGCCUUCCCCUCCGCUGAAUUGCCUGCGGACGGGCCUCUAGUGAUCGAGCUGUGCGCCGGGUCCGCCAUCCUCAGUCAGACAGCCGCCAGCCGCGGCUUUGCAAUCAUGCCCGUGGAUCAUGCUCACAACCGCCACACACCUAAGUGCAAGAUGGUCAAUCUGGACUUGACCCAGAGCCAUUCCUGGGAGGUCCUCAAGUUUGUCAUCAAAUCCCGUCGUGUUGCCAUGGUGUUUGCGGCUCCGCCUUGCGGCACUUGCAGUGCUGCUCGUCACUUUCGCCCGGGCCCCCCAGUGCUCCGCACCACUUCACAUCCGUGGGGUGUCCCGUGGGCCUCCACCAGAGAUUGUGUCAAGCUCAAAGCUGCCAAUGCCAUAUACAAGCAACUAUGCGCUUUUCUUGAAUUGUGCGAUCAGCACUCUGUGCCUUGGUGCGUCGAAAACCCCACUAACAGCACCUUUUGGGAGUUGCCAUGUCUUGCGUACCCUUUGGCUCAUGGUUUCUUCGCGCAUUGCCAGGCUUGCGCUUUCGGCAGCGAACGAGAUAAGAAAACAUCUUUCUUGUGCAGCAGCUCGGGCAUCUCUCGCAUGGCUCUGAUGUGCCCCGGCUGUAAACAACAUGCAACGUGGGGCCUUACUUCUGAUGACACCUUCGCCACAGCGGAGGAAGCAGCCUAUCCUCCGGCCAUGUGCCAGGCCUUGUGUGAUGUCUUUGAGUCGGAGGCUGCCAGGCUCAACUACGUGUUGGGCUCGGCUCAGCCACUUUUGGCUCGAGCCCAUAAGCAGCCGCGAGGACGCCUACACCCACGGCUCUUGUCAGAGCACGCUGCAGUUCUAUCCCGCCUCCUGCCCCGGGCCCCGCCUCUUAAUCACAAGCGAUGUCUUACACAGGAUGUGCACGGUGUCCCCGCAGGGAGCAAGCUCUUGCGUUCCGAAGAUAGGGGGAAUAAGGGUCUCUUCUGUGUUUUCGGGGUCUUUAGGAGCCCAGAGUCUUUCGUCAGAGAGGCCAAGCUGCUAUAUCAUCCUUUUGACUCUCUUGCGCAGUUGCCGGACUACUUGAUCAAAUCCCUGUUUGAGCAGCUGACAAAAUCCCCUGCAGAGAUCUGCAAGUUGAGACUUCUUCGUCUGCAAAAGUGGAGGGCCAGAGCGACUGAGCUGGCGCCAGUCGAGCACGCUCACCGUGCCAAGAUGCAACCGUCCGUGAAGGAGAUCCUCGCCAACAAGCGGACGGCGCUACUGGAGGAGAUGGCGGCCGAAAUAGACUGGCCCGACAAGGGUCUCUUCUCUGAGAUGCGCCAAGGCUUUCGCUUGGUUGGGUGCCUGAGCCCUUCUGGUGUGUUCAGGGAAGGAGGGUACCUCGCCUCCAUCAGCGAAUCCGAGUUGAUGGAAAAUGCAGACAGCAUCAGAGCUUCUCUCCUGGCACGUGUGUCAGCCGAUCCUCUUGACGAGAACGCCGAGGAGCUGUACGAUGUAACUCUUCAGGAAGCUACCCAGAAAAAGUGGUUGGACGGGCCGAUGACCCCAGGAGACAUUGGAAAGAGAUUCGAGGCGUGGAUCCCGGUGCGCCGCUUCUGUGUUGUGCAAAAAGGACGCUUGAGACCGAUUGACGACUUCAAGGAGAAUCUUGUAAACCAAGCCUGCUCUACGAGCGAGCGAAUCGUGCUUCAGGCGAUGGACCAUCUUUUAUGGUCUCUUUCCGUGUUGUGCCACUUCUACCGGAAGCGAGGAGCAGUCGACUUUACCUUAUCCUCCGGAGAGAGACUGACAGGUCUCGUCCAUCCUGAUUGGCAGAAGCCGGGGGCGAGCAUGCAAGUCGCCACAUUGGACUUGAAAUCAGCAUACAAACAACUACCGUUGAACCCUUGCGACUUCGACAAAAGUGUGGUGACCUUGAAGGAUCCCAAGACAGGAUCCAUCUCGUGCUUUGUCAUGCGCACGCUUCCAUUCGGAGCGUUGGCCUCGGUGUACCACUUUCUGCGAGUCAGUUUGCUGUUGCAUGCCCUAGGGUGCCACUUGGGAGCGUGCUGGUCAGCAUACUUCGACGACUUCCCUAUGGCGACUCACUCGCUGGUGGCCACGUCAACUUCGGCUUUAGUUAAGGGUUUCCUUAAGCUAGCGGGGUUUGACUUUGCAGAGGAGAAAUGCACCCCCUUCUCUUCGGGUGUCGAAGUCUUGGGAGUUACUCUGGAUGUGUCCCAGAGCUCGGAGGGCCUAAUCAACAUCAGGAACAAGCCGUCGCGGUGUGAGGAGCUUAAUGCAGUGAUCGAGGAAGUGCUCAGGGACAAGGCCUUAGUCCCUUGCCGACUGCCGUCCUUCAUUGGCAAGCUCCAGUUCGCCGACGGCCAAAUAUGGGGCCGAGCAGGGCGCAUGGCCAUGCACGACCUUAGGUCUUUAGGGUUUACUUCCAGGAUUCCGGUCUCCCUUGAUGCCAGCGGGAUCGAAGCGCUUAAGAUUCUUCAGCAAAGAUUGACGCAUGGAAAGCCUCGUGUCAUCCGUGCUGGGUGGAAAGAAAAGCCGAUUCUGCUGUUCACAGACGGAGCACUGGAGGAUGAUAACCUUGAUCACGGACCGGCUACUGUGGGGGCGGUCAUGUUUAAACCGAAUGAGCCCAACGUUCACGCUUUCGGAUGCGAGGUGCCGGCAAACGUACUGUCUCAUUGGAGAUCCGAUGGCAAGAAACAUGUCAUAGGUCUUGUGGAGCUUUACGGCGCCAUUCUGGCUCUUCGGCAUUGGCGCAAACACUUGGACGGCAGCCGAGUGAUAUUGUUUGUCGACAAUUGGCCAGCACUUGAUACUCUUGUCAAAGGAGAUGCAUCCGUCGCGAUUUGGCGGGAAAUUCUUAUGAUCCUUGAAAACCCGCAGGAAGCUUCACCGUGCUAUUUAUGGAUAGCACGUGUGCCAUCCGCGUCCAACAUUGCAGACGCCCCGAGCCGUGGAUCGCUUGCCGAGCUUAGCCACUGGUCUGUACGCGUGGAAGUGCCCAGGUGUCCGCUGUCGAAGGUUGCUCUGAAGUCGAUUGUGUCUCAAGGCUAA